CCAGGGAUGAUGCUGGCGGCUCUGCUGAUCGCCCUCAGCUGCCUCGGCCUCCACACCUGCUGGCAGGCCCAGGCUGUCCCUAUCCUGCCCCUGGGCCUCGCUCCAGACACCUUUGAUGACGCCUAUGUGGGCUGUCCAGAAGAGAUGGAGAAGAAGGCAGCCUCUCUGCUGAAGGAGGAGAUGGCCCGCCAUGCACUGCUGCGGGAGUCCUGGGAGGCAGCCCAGGAGGCCUGGGAGCACAGGCGUCCAGGACUCGCCCUGCCCCCUGGCUUCAAAGCCCAGCAUGGAAUAGCCAUCAUGGUCUACACCAACUCAUCCAACACCCUGUACUGGGAACUGAACCAGGCCAUGCGGACAGGCGGAGGCUCCCGGGAGCUCUACAUGAGGCACUUCCCCUUCAAGGCCCUGCAUUUCUACCUGACCCGGGCCCUGCAGCUGCUUCGGGACCGUGGAGGCUGCAGUGGGGCACCUGGGGAGCUGGUGUUCCGAGGUGUGGGCAGCCUUCGCUUUGAACCCAGGAGGCUGGGGGACUCUGUCCGCUUGGGCCAGUUUGCCUCCAGCUCCCUGGAUAAGGCGGUGGCCCGCAGAUUUGGCAAUGCCACCCUCUUCUCUCUAAGGACUUGCUUUGGGGCCCCUAUCCAGGCCUUGUCUGUCUUUCCCGAGGAGCGUGAGGUGCUGAUUCCCCCCCAUGAAGUCUUCUUGGUCACCAGAUUUUCCCAGGAUGGAGCCCAGAGCCUAGUGACUCUCCAGAGCUAUAAUCAGACCUGCAGCCACUUUAACUGCGCCUAUUUGGGUGGGGAGAAGAGGAGGGGCUGUGUGUCUGCACCAGGAGCCUUGGGAACUGAUGACCUUCCUACAAAGAAGGAGGACUUCACACAGCCUGCAGCAGCAAGACCGUGGUUCCAGGCCCAGCCCUAGGAGCCAUCUCCUCAGCCAGGAUGUGGGUUCUCCUGAGACCAUGGCAGGGUUGAAGGAGCCCUGCUAUGUGGUGGGGACUUCCUGGGACAAGCAAGGGAAGUACUGUGAUGGCCACUUGAUUAAAGGAUGUUGCAGUGUGGA